AUGCCGGGCCCCACCAACGAGAAGAGCAUGAACCCUACCGAGCCCGCGGCGCCACCAACAGCAGCAGCAGCGGCAGCCCCCGUGGUGAUCCGGCAAGUCGAAGCCGCUGCCGACAUUGCUGCGGCUGAGAGGUGCUUCGACACAUACACCGAAUGGCUCGACAUGGACAUUUCCUUCCAAGACUACGCCGCCGAACGCAAGGGACUGCCCGGCAAGUACGUGCCGCCGUCUGGCGCGCUGCUCCUGGCCAUCGAUCCCCUGUCUCAGAACGUUCUUGGCUGCAUAGCCAUGAGGCCAAUCGAGCUGGAGCCGCGGUUCUUGCGCCAACGGCAGCAGCAGCAGCAGCAGCAGCGCAGCCCUGACAACGCGGCGACGCGCUACUGCGAAAUCAAGAGGCUCUUCGUCUACCCUGAGGCAAGGGGCAGGCAAGUCUCACGCGCCCUGGUCCGCGAGGUUACAGUCAAGGCCCGGCAAGCGGGGUACAGCGAAGUGCUGCUCGACACAAUGAUAAAGAUGCAGGCUGCCGUCAAACUAUACAUCUCCGAGGGCUUCGAGGAGACUGCUCCCUACAAUGCCAGUCCAUUGGACGGAGUCAUGUAUUUUAGUAAGAAGCUGAUGUAG